GUUGUACGUGCAGCGCGACUUCCUUGCAAAACUCUUUGCUCUUAGUGCCCUGGUAGAGAUCUGCUGUAGCAAGGUGCAAGUGGACGAUGAGGGCGACAACCGCCGCAUCAUAAAGGUUAUGCCGCUUCCUACCAAUGGUUCCUCCAUUUUACUCAGCGCAUACUACAUGCUCUGCAUUCUCACGAUGCUGUUCAUGCUUCUGCUUUGGAAGGUCAGAAGCCAGUAUCCAAAGAACUACGUUGCGUUGGCCAUCAUGACUAUGUCUGCGGGUGCCUUUUGGGGCGUGAGCUCUGCAAGCUUGGCGCAGGGUCAGCAUAUGUACUUAUUGGCCCUGAUGAUCAUCUCCUUAGCGGUUGCUUCGUUAACCAGCCGCGUGUUGAUUCGAGAGGAGCGACGCUGUAGUAUAGCUGUCUCCGCUGUGAUUGCUGUGAGCAUUGGCUGGUUGGCGGGAGUUGUGAUCGUUGUUACAUACAGCUAUUGUUUGCAGAGCCAAUCUCGGCCGCUGAGUGCAUGCGGCCUCAGCCUUCUUGCUCUCUUGUUUAUCUUCUACUACGCAUGGCAGAGCUUGAGCUCAAGCUCAACAGAUGACCUGGUUGGUUUGAUAGCCGUGGUGAAUGCAAGUUCACUGGCGCCAAUCAGCUUGCCAUACCUCUUUCUGCUCUUGGCCUGCUGUGCGCCAGGCGCAUUGCCGGCAGCCAACGCAGCCCAGACAGAAGGUCAAGAUCCGGAGCAGGGCCAGUCGGAAAUUUGA